AUGCUGCCCGCCAGUGUCAAGUCCCUUGUAUCUGCCGCGCAGAACUGUCUGCACCUCCAUAUUGCCCUCAAGGCUGCCUGGACUAAGGAGACGUCGAUUACCUCUAACCGCCUGCCUUCCAGUGACAAGAUGAUUGGUGCAUGCAUUCGCAAAGCGCAUCUCGGACACGGGAAGAGCAAUAAACACAAUGCAGACCUGAAGAAGGCAUUCCAGAUGCUGCAAGGCCUGAAGGCAAAGAAGGACGGGGACCUGAAGGCAAGGAAAGCAGAAGUUCGGAAGGAGAUGACAGAUGAAGAACGAGAGGCAAUGAGAAAGAAAGUCUACACUGUGGUUUGGACGUGCUCAUCACAGACGCGAAAUGAGCUCAAGAAAAAGGCGAAACAGGUCGUUGAGCAGGUCUUCAAGCUCAAUGGUCUGUCCGUGGCUCAAAGGACUGAGAUCGCCGGCUGGCUUCUAGAGACACACUCCACGACGGUCACCGACGGCAGUCGUAAACGCAACAUCGCCAAUUUUGUCUUCGGCGGCAUAGAGUUCCACUUCGACCGCAAGAAGAAGUUGGACAGAGAGCGUAUGAAGGUCGAGCCGACGGAGCCGUUCCGAAGUGAUUGCAUUCCAGAGCUGAUCUACCAGUAUUAUGGCCUGGCGGGACACCCAGAUGCGAGUAUCAACUCUGCAUUUGAAGAAUUCAGCAAAGUACCGCUGAACCUUAUUGCCCUCUCGUGCAAUGCAAUCGAAGCAGCAUUGAUGGAGGUGGCAUUGCACAACCAAGCUACUGUGACGGUGUUCUCAAACAAGAAUUUUGCGGGAAAAUGGGAUGGAGUGAUGGCAGUUCUCGAGACCUUGGAAGAUCGAGCCACCGACUAUCUGGAGGAGACACACGAAUUGAUUUGGAAGGACAUCAGCACUCGUCUCAAUGCCACACCUGAUGCAGUCGAGGUGUCGGGGGAUGAGCAGCCAGGUGGCUUCAUCCCGCUGCUGCAGUUACACUGUGGCACAUCCAAGCCACGGAGCCAUAGCAAGGAGCCUGGCACGUCAAAGGCCGCGACCGCGACCAAGCCUUUGUCGAGCACAGCAAAAGCUAAGCCAUCGAGCUCAUCAAAGACCACGAAGAACACGGAGUCGGCGAAGGGGAAGAAGACACCUCCCAGCUCGAAGAAGACACCUCCCAGCCCUUCGAAGAAACCUCGGAGCGCAGGCGCUGCAUCGUCGAAGUCUAGGAAGAAACAACGUGGUGACCAGGAAGAUGAGGGUGACAAGGGCGAGGCAGGCGGCGAGGCAGGCAGUGGCGAUGACAGGGAAGGUGAUGCUGGAGGUCGCAGCGAAGUCAAUGAUGGUGAGGGAGUACAGGUAGAUGAGCUUCAAGAGUCUGGGCAAGAACCUGUUGCAGGCACACCCACUGAGGAAGGUGCCUGA